AUGGCACUCAGCCCCGAGGCUAGGAAACCUGCCAUUCAUCAGCAAAUAGUAGAAAUGCAGCGUGAAGUUCAGCUACUCGAGCGCAACAGAGCAGCGUCCUAUGAGAAAAAAGAGUCCACCAUCAAGAAGAGCAGGGAGACCAUCCUCCAGCUGAGGGAGGAGAACAAGAUGCUGCAGAGACAGGUGGCCGAGGCUCGGGCUGGUGAUGAACAUGCCAUCAAAGCAGCCUUUAAUAACAGAGGCAUGGAGGAGAGUGCCUACCGCAACUUAUCAGGGAAGACGGCCCUCACGGUGCUGGAACAACUGGUGCUGACUAAUAAGAAGCGUCUCAACGCCAUCAAACACACCACCCAGACCUACCGGCAGCAGCUGAAGGGGCUGCAGCAGCAGUACGAGAGGAUGACACCAGGGGGCAGCAGUGUUGCACAGUCUGCUGAUGCUCGCGCACAGAAAAGGGAGGAAGAUGCCAGGAGGCUGCGGGUGUUGGAGAACAAUCUGGAGAAGACCAAGUUAAAGAGUCAGGCAGCAAAGCACAUAAUGAGAGGCUAUCUCAAACUCAAAAACCACCUACAGGAGGAGAGUCUGACCUUCAAUGGCCAGCUGGACUAUCUGGAAGCAGACAUCCUUAAGCACAAAGAGGAGCUUCGCAACCUGCAGAUCAUGAACAAUGAUGCCCAGCUGUCUAAAGAUGCUGCCAAGGCAGAAUUACAGCAGCAGGAGGAGUUGCCCUAUAAGGAGCCCAAGGAGAGCGAGCGCAUCAUAGCCCGCUAUAGGAAACAAGUUGAGGAGCGCAAAGCCCAGACUGAAAAAGCUGAUAGAAGGGCCCAGAGAGCACCAGUACAGCCAGAUGAACUGAGCAGUGAGGCCCAGCGCAGUACCACCAGAAUGACUGGUGAGGAGGAGAAGAGCAUCUCCACUUUUGAGGAGGCCUUCCAACGCAUUAAGGAGGCCACUGGUGUCACCAACAUACAUGAAAUAGAGGAGGGCUUCAUCUCUCAGGGAGAGACACAUAAGCACCUGGAGGGGCUGAAGGCAAAGAAUGAAAAAGUCCUGCUGCAGCUGAAGAAAGAGAAGGAACACCUGGACCAACAGUUUCAGGAUAUGAAAUACUCUGGGGAGGCUAAACUGUCCAGCGACCAACAGAUGCUGGAGGAGUGUCAGCAGCACCUGUUGACUGAGCAGCAGAGAUGUGAUGCAGCCAAAGAGCACCUGGAUUGUCUUGUUAAAACCCUCAACACUGCUUGUGCUGGAGUGGAGCACCUAGCCAGCAAACUACAGCACAUCACACUGCAGAAUGAGGACAUGGUAGCCCAGCUGCCUCACAGCUCCAAGGAAUCUGUGGUGGAUCUGCUGGCACAGUGUGAGCUUAAGCUGCAGCUGCUGCAGGACGAGCUUCACGGGAAGGAUCUGUCCACUCUCAUGAAAGAGAUGGAGGAGGAGGAGUUCUCUACCAGGAAUGUGGGGAAACUUCCAGAUUAUAAUACCCGCAUCAAACUGCCUGAAGAUGAAAGGCUGGACGCCUUUGAUGAGGAGGAAGAGAGUGAAGAGGACGAAGCUGACAUCAUCACCCGUGAGGAACUGAAGCGUCAGUCUCAGCUGAUGGUUGACUCAAGGGCCAAGAGAAAACCUUGGAAGAAGAAGGGAAACUUCUGAUCUGAAACCAGAGGUUUCAGGGCCCAGAGAUGAGACAGACUGCAUCCAUACCUGGUUUGAGUGUAAAAUGGGCUCGGAGGCUUGAGGACAGACAACCUAGAAGGAUAUUUCCUACUGCGAUUUUAGCUUUUUCAGCUGUAUUGGACUUACUAUAGUUGACCACUGUGUUAGCUUAGCAGAAAUUUCAAGUAAUUCUCCAUUUUAACAUUAAUCACAAGCAGAUUUUUGACUGAAAAAGAAAGAAAGAAAAAAAUUAAAAUAAUAAGAGGAGGGAAAAGUUUUACACUGGCUAUUAUUACAAUGUUUACAGCUUGUGUGCCUUUGAAACUGGUUACA